UCGUACAACCCCUUUCCAACGCCCAUAUUUGGUGUAAACCAUCCUUGCACAGCACGCCCCUCUGCAAAAGCAUCACUUCAAAACAACAAACUCCAUCUUUCAGACUAAUGGAAUUCAAAUACAGAGCUGUUGAUGAACGGCCGCCGAAGGAUUUCCCUCCACCCUCCUCAACUUUCAAUCCUUUACCGCCUCAAGGAUUUCUACCCCACCCUGUCAACCUGGAAUUGGGGAAGGCCCAACUCCGAGAAGCGAUCGUCGCCUCGGAUAUUGCUCGUCGGAGAGCCUUAGAAGCUCAAGUCAGAAGGGAGUUAGAAACGGGCUUACCUUUAGACCAAAGGCUCACAUUGCACCUCCACUCUCACUCUACCCUUCCUUUCAUGCAUCACUUUAAUAACUAUAAUCGCUGCCGCUCGGAGUCGCCUUUCAGCUUGUUUCCACCGUCACUUCCCCUGUCGCCGAUCUUGUUACCCUCACCUCUGACACAGGUUUUGGACAAUGAAGUUAAAAAUACUACGGAGAACAAGAAGUUGAUUAUAUUGGAAAAGCCUGAUCCUAAUCGUGUUGUCGGAGUAAAGCGGAAAACACCACCUCUGGAAGGAACUGGUGAACUGCCUCUGCCUUCAAUUAGCUCGAAGGGGAAACAGCAUGAUGAGUGGAGUUGUGCUAUUUGUCGAGUCAGCACCACAAGCGAGAAAGGUUUCACUGAACACCUUCAAGGUAAGAAGCACAAGGCUAACGAAGCAAGGCUAAGAGCUAACAUACUGGAGAAGAGUUCUAAUACCAGUACCAAGACCAUAACAGUGCAAAAGAAACUCGGACUCUCAAAUCAGAAUGAAAAGGAUGAGCUGCUGAGUAAGGGAGAGAAGGCAGAAGAAAGGUUUACAGAGAAGAAAUAUGCAGAUUCCUUCGAGAAAGAACAAACGGAUGAGGUGGAGAUGACACCAGAACUUAGCAAAAAGAAGAAAUUUAAGUUUUGGUGUGACAUCUGUUUAGUUGGUGUGCAUUCUGAGGUGGUAAUGGAAACUCAUAAGAAGGGGAAGAAGCACAUUGCUGGGCUCCUGAAACUUGACAAAAUAUAGCUGCCCUUCCUACCGCCACCGCCAUCACCGAGCAGGCAAGAUCAAGAGCUACUGAUGUGGUCUCUGACAAAGCAAAGCUAAUGGAUGUUCCAAAGGUUGAUAGAGUUAUAAACUACCAGCCAUGCAAAAUUGAUUGUGAUAACCAUAGAGAGAACAUACACUACAAAUGUAUUGGGAGUUCUAAAAAUUGCACUGUCUGCAUCUUAUUACUAUCUGAGACUUGAUUAGAUGUUGGUAUUA